AUGAAAACUACUGCAGGAAUAACUCCUGUAACUCUAGCAGAUCACUCUCCUAUCUUUCUAGAAGUACAGUUAAAUAGGUUCAUAAACUCCUCCACGCGAUUUAGAUUUCCAUACUACUUGGUCAACGAUUCUAAAUUUAAGAACCAUUUGAUCAAUAAAUUCAAGGAAUAUCUUCAUUUUAACUCCGAGUUUGCUGACCGCCCGGAAAUAUUCUGGGGAGCUGCCAAAGCAGUCCUCAGAGGGGAAAUAACGGCCUAUGCCGCUAUGAUAUCAAAAAAAAUGAAAAAGAGGGAGAAAGAGGUCACGAAUUCCGUGACCAACGCAUAUAACCGUUAUUUUCUGCAAAACACACCUUUUCUUUGGGCUAAAUAUAUAAAAGCCAAGAGCGAAAGAGAUGCUAUGGCUUUAUUAGUGGAAACACAGAGAGAAUUGAGGUUUCAGGCCAAGCUUUAUCGAUUCGGCAACAAAUCUGGCAAACUAUUGGCUAAGUUAGCCAAAGGUGAUAAUAAGCCCCCUAUGAUUGAAAGAGUUCUUCAUCGGGGGAAGCUACUGGUAAAAACAGAAGAUAUCCUAGAGGCUUUUACAGAGUAUUAUAGAGAUCUGUACUCUGCAAGAACUGCAGAUAAAUCUCAGUCUGAGCAAUUUUGGGGCCAGGUAAACUGCCCUUCAAUCACAGCAGAAAUGAAUACCAUUUUGAACAGCCCGAUUUCUAAUGAGGAAGUUAGUAAAAUGAUUUUUGAAUCAGCAACGAACAAAGCAGCAGGCCCAGAUGGCCUUCCCAAUGAGGCAAAGCAUGAUGGGAACCUAACAUCAGUAACAGAAUUCAUACUUCUUGGGUUCGGAAACCUUCAGAAUUAUAAAACUUUAUUUAUCUGUCUGCUCAUUAUCAUUUAUAUGCUGACUUUAGUUGGAAACCUCUUACUCAUUAUGCUGGUGUCAGCCUCUAAAGACCUCCAUUCUCCAAUGUACUUUUUCCUUACCCAACUUUCUUGUUCUGACAUCUUGUUUGCAACCAACAUUGUCCCUAACUUGUUGCAUGUUAUUGCAUUAGAACGAGGAACUAUAUCAUAUUCUGCUUGUUUUUCUCAGUUCUUCUUCUAUGGUCUAUCAGCAACUACUGAGUGCUUCCUUCUAACUGUGAUGUCCUAUGACCGAUAUCUUGCCAUAUGUAACCCAUUACGUUAUUUGUCCAUCAUGGACGUCAAAUAUUGUCUUCACCUGAUCAGCUGGUCUUGGGUCACUGGUUUUGCAGUAACAUUAACUAUAGUCACACUUGUGUGCUCGCUAACGUUCUGUGGUCCUAAUAUCAUUGACCAUUUCUUCUGUGACUUUUCUCCUCUUCUCAAACUUUCGUGCUCUAACACACAAGUUGUCGCCAUAACAAAUUUAGUGCUCGCCACCCCCAUAACGCUUUUAUUAUUUAAUCUUGUUGUCAUAAGCUAUAUAUAUAUCUUCCUGGCUAUCCUUCGAAUUCCUUCAACAACUGGAAGACAAAAGACCUUUUCCACUUGUAGCUCACAUUUGGCGGUGGUAUGCACCUACUACGGAACACUCUUUACUAUUUAUGGAAUUCCAUCUGGAGAGCACUCAUUAGACAUUAACAAAGCACUAUCUUUGCUAUACACAGUUGGGACACCAUUUUUAAACCCAAUAAUUUACAGUCUGAGAAAUAAACAGAUCAAGGAAGCAUUAAAACGAUAUAUAUAUUUAAGAAGAAUAAAUCGCAAACCAAUAAAAAGAUUAUAA